CCAUCCAUACUGAACUGCAUUUGCUUCCCAGAUGGACUUUUACACCAAAACAGGGAAGGUUUACCUCCAGCCACACAAAACUGGCAAAAAAUGGAAGCCAGUAUGGUUCUCUCUUUUUCCCCCCAGUAGCAGUGGAGUGGGUCGACUGGAGAUCCAGAAUAUGGGAGGAGGUGGUGCAGAGGGUGAUCAUGGCACUGGGCUCAGGAGACACCACCAGCCUCUUGGGGACAGGAAGUUGAAGGUGGUCCGACAAUCCGAGCUGAUCAGUGUCCUCAGACUCCCUCCAAACGCUGAGGCUUGUCCCAUGGAGAACAUGUCAGCUUUUUGUGUGGAGACACAGGAUAGAACAAUGGUGUUUGCUGCACUCAAAGACGACUGUGUUGACUGGGUAGAAAAACUGUGUCACAGUAUGUUUCAGCAGAGAGGAGGGGGCUCAGGGUCUAAUCAGCUUCAUAUGGAGGAAAACCAGAUAUAUGCCUCAGCAGAUGAAGCCUCAGAGUUCUGGGUUGUGGUUCAGAGGACGGAUGCAGCAACACGUUGUGGACUGCAGGGGUCCUACCGGCUGCAGGUGGGACAAGAAGCACUGCUGCUGAGAGAAACACAGAAGAAGAACAUUGUUACAGAAUGGCCAUAUGAACUGCUGAGGCGAUAUGGAAAAGAUAAGCUUGCUUUAACCAUUGAAGCAGGCAGACGCUGUGACUCUGGUCCUGGAAUAUUCACCUUUGAGACACAGCAGGCUGAGAAAUUAUUCUCCCUGAUUCAGAGUACCAUCAAACAGAAGACUUCAACGGUUAUUUCAGGUAACCAAAACCAAGAGGGAGAGAAAGUCAUUGUAACCAACAGACAUACUCGUUCCCCUCUCCUCAAAAUACCUGAUAUGACCAGUAUAGCUGCCAUUCUUGAGAACAACCUGACGACGGAUGGGAGGAAAUGUACUGGUUUAGAAGACAGUGCACAUAUUCAAGAAGAUUUGGUUGUUCAGUCAGAAUGUGUAUCAGCGCAGCCUGCUCCUAUCACCCUCAUGCCUCUCCCAUUGGUCCCCACACACGACAACCCCUCUGGAGGUCAUUAUAGAGGCCAGUCAGAUGUUGUAUAUGCUGACCCAGCUGACUGCAUCCAUUCUGUUCCAAAACUACAACCGUCCACAGCUCUGUAUGUAGACCCUGCAAGUGUUCUUCCACUCAAACCCCCCAGUUCAAGAGAACCUGUUAUCCCCCUUUCUAAUUCCUCCACUACACAUCCCUGCUUUGACAUUGACCCCCCAGAUUCAGUCUACUCAGAGGUGUAUGACAAAGUCAGUCCAGUCCAGAGUGAACAAGCUGUCAUUCAGAGCAAAGGAAAAACAAAGUGUUUUGUAGAUGAUGAGCCCAUUUAUACUGAGCCCAUGAAUGAGAAUGAAGAGGUGUCCCAUAAAAAUGAAAGCAAACCCGACCCAUUUGCCGACCUUUAUGCUAAAAUCUGCAAGACAGCACCAUCAUCUAGUCCCUCUACAUCUUCUUCCUGCUCUGUUCCCUCUUUCUCCGUUACUGGCGAUACAACCACAACAAAAGACACAGACCAAUCUCUUGAUGAUGUCAUCUAUGAAAACCUGGGCAUCAUUUAGUGACUUAAUAUCAAAAUACCAAACCCAAAUCCAUGUAUGGUCUGACAUCUAUUUUAUCUAUCAUUUAAAAAGAUGGCUAGAAAUGUGGGAGUUUAUUGAGAAACACUCAAAUACUAGCACUUCUCCUGUGCUUUCAUCUAUUUGUUCAAUAAAUGCGACCAUCUAUUUUAAAAAUAAACAAGUUGGGAAUGAAGUAAAACAUGACCCACUAAACUAGUGGCAUAAACUAUAAGCAUAUGCCUAUAGCCUAUGACAUUUUGUGCCCAUACUGUAUGUUGCAUAUCCCUAUAAUAAUUUGUCUUUCAUGAAAUUACCACACAGAACUGUGGGGCCAGAUAGUAUUCCAUCUUAAAAAAAUGUACAAAUUGCACAUACAGUGGGAGAAAUGGGGGGUUUAUGGGGACCCAACAGCUCAUUUUACCCUGAGGCCCACUAUCAGGUUAAUCCAGCCAUGUAUCCAUAUAGGAUGUGUUGCAGUUUGGUGCUAUAAGGGUCUGAAUAGACAUCAGAGCAAGGCUUGUCUGUACUGCUCUCAGAAGAGUAACAAAAAUAGAGCCUUUGUGAUAAAGACUCAUUGGCAGACCUCUUAUUACACUAAAGCUACAUUUGUAGAUUUGGAGAAAUUAACUAAGGUGAUAAGACAUCCUGAUUAACUCAAGAUAGUCUUAAUCUGCAAGUAUUUUGUGAAUAUUAACUCAAAAAAUAAAGCGACAAGAUCACAUUUUUAGGCUGAAUGGCUGAAAUUAAGGCUUUUAUACACAGUGAUAUAUGAUGACCUAAUGUUGACAGUAUCAAAUUGUUAAAUGCAUGUUUGUACGUUUGCUUACAAUGUUGUUCAACACUCAGAAUCUUUACUGCAAAAAUAUCACAACAUAUAUAACAUAUCAUAAUUAUGUUACAUAGAGUCUGUUACAUAGGUCAGAUUUUUUAAAUUAAAUUAUCCAUACGUGUUCCCAUAUUUUCUGAACACAGUAGGUUGUACCACUAACACAUAUCACACAUCCCUUUUUUAAAAUAGAUAUACAUUUUAAUUUUAACUACACAACUUCAUAUUGUGUAGAUCAGAAUCAUUUCACAUGGAUCAACCCAAUACUUUAUUGAGUAGUAUAUAAUUAAGACACAACGUGGAAGUUUCGAGUCGUUGACAAAUCCUCAUCAUCUCAUAGUUCUCAGUAAUAUCAGAGUAUUUUAAGGUCUCUACAACAGAACUUACCACUGGUUUGGUUUUCAUGUGUUUCUACCAUGCACUGAUAUUUUUGGUCUUGCAUGUACAGUUAAACCAUUUUUCAUUGUAAGACAACAUUUUAUAAUUUAGCAUGUCUUAAAGAGUAUUUUUGUCAUCAUUACUGUGGAUGUUACUGUAUGUCAAUCUGCAUGUCCAACAUAUUUCAUUUACACUAAAUAUUGACAGACCAAAUGCUUUUGCUUGUAUUCUUGUAGACUUAUACAUGGCACAAUACUUGUUGUUAGACACUUUUAGAGGUGUAUAGUAAUUCCUUUAUAUUUGCCACUUGAUUUUUUCAAGGGAUUAUGAGCUCACUUGGAAAUGAGAAUAGCUUUAGUAUUAAAGUGGAGCUACAAUAUGGUUAUGCACAUUAAGAGGAAUAUUUACUCAACCUAUGCAGUGGUGCUAUUAUGUCAGCACAUGAAAAAAGUCUGAUCUGUUGCCAGUGCCAAUAGCCAGGAUAUUUUAGCACACCACAUUAAUAUGUAAAGGAGCAGCACUGUGAAGGAACAAACACUGGGGAGGUGACCACUCAGUAGACAACUCUGACUGUUUUUGUUAGCUGUGCAGCAUCUUUUUACUUUGAAAGGAGGGGGGGCUUGGUAUUAUGUGCCAUUUACAAGUGCCAGAUUGUUAUGCAGGCAUCGUGCCAAAUUACUUUGUACUUUGGCACCUGUUGCAGCAUUUGAAUGUAAUUAUAAAUUGUAUCCCUCACAUGGAUUAGGUAUUCUCUAAGAAUAUGCAACCUAUGUGGACCUUUACCAUUGGUUUCUUAAAAUUCAGACUGGCUGGUUUGAAUUUUUCUGAAGGUGCUUGUUUUUUCCACACACAACAAUCUCUAAAGUUAACUCAGAAUGGUGCCAAAAACUUCAGUGCAUAUAUGCAGCAGAAUUACAGGAGUUUUUCACAGUAUAACGUCUACGGUAAACAGCUGUUUCCAUAGAUCUUUUACUAUCUAGUUUAAAUUUUAGUACAUUUCAUUUUCAUCAAUACACAAUUUUUGUACAUUAUUCAAUGAACUGUUAUGAUUUCACUCACAAUAAUCUAAAUUAUUUUGAGUAUUUUAAGGAAAAUAUGUUGAUUUGGGUUGCUCACGAAAUGGGGCUGUUUAACCUAAUUAAUUUAGGUCUAUAUCAGGGCAUUGGCAGCAUUACAGAAUAAUCCGCUCGAAGUGCAAACACUGUAGGGUACCUGUGUACAAGUUCCUGACUGGCAUUUUCAAUAAAUUUCCUUAUGAAUGUGGCCUCAGAGCAGCAUUUGACUCUACUGUGAAAGUUCAUGU